AUGUCUAAUUAUCGAAGCUAUCGUUUUGGAACUAUUCUCGUGAUUUUGUUGAUCGUAAGUGACUAUUACCUUUGCGUAAAUUCCGAAUCAAUUAAUGCUUCUGUUCUUGGUUUCGCGCCAGCUAUAGCAACAUGGUAUGGGGACCCCAUUGGACCUGGAAGCGUAGGGGGAGCUUGUGGUUAUGGACGUGACGUAGAAAAUCCUCCAUACUACGCGUUGGUUUCUGCGGGAAAUAAUAAUUUGUUUAAAUCCGGAAAGGGUUGCGGAAGUUGUUAUCAGGUGAAAUGCACACAAAAUGCAGCAUGCUCGGGAAAUCCAGUUACUGUAACAAUUGCAGAUGAGUGUCCAGGUUCCUGCAACAAUGACCCCAUUCACUUUGACUUAAGUGGAAAAGCUAUUGGUGUGUUAGCAAAGCCUGGCCAAGCUAACGCAUUGCGUAGCGCAGGACGAAUCAACAUUGAAUAUCAAAGGGUGCCGUGUUACUAUAAAGGGACGAGUAUAACGUUCAAGAUCGAUCCAGGCUCCAACGCUAACUAUCUAGCUUUCGGAGUUCAAUAUAUCAACGGAGAUGGUGAAAUUGGUUCUAUGCAGUUAUUACCUUCAAAUUCGAAGAAUCCACUGGUCAUGCAACAGGUCUUUGGUGCAACCUGGAAAGCUAAUAUACCUAAUGGAAUAAAGGGCCCUUAUUCAGUGGCAAUAACGAGUCUUGAGUCGAGAAAAACAGUCACAGCAUACAAUUCGAUUCCGGUUGAUUGGUCUCCAGGAAAAUACUAUAUUUCAAAAGUUAACUUUUAG